CAGUGAGGGAGUGCACCGGUAGCAGCAGCAGCUCACCAAGAACAACGGGACCUCGGCCGCGUCACGAGCCGCGCACGCGACGAAUAUCCAAUCCCCGAGCGCACCCCGUCCGGCCGUGUCCCGGUUCGUCUCCCCGGCCGUCCGUCCCUUCCAAAGCUUCUGGUUGCUUCGGCCUCCUCGGCCGCACCGCGCUUCGUCUGUCCGCAUCCGCACAUGUAGCGCUACCGACCGCCGAGCCAGUGUCAUCGGGGCCGGCGACAGAACCAACGCAACCCGAUCCAAUCCCCCAUGGCGAUGCUGCUCCGCAAGGUGUGGGGCUCCGUGCUCACUCGCGCGGCGCCGCUGCCCGGCCCGGCGGCCUCCUCCCCGCGGGGCCGCCGUGCGCCGCCGGCCGAGUACUACGCCUCGCUCUCGAUGGGCACGCUCGACGCCGUCCCGACCGACGUGCUCGUCCAGAUCCUGCGCCUUCUCGGACCCGCCGACGCCGCGCGCACCAGCGCCGUCUGCCGCGCGUGGCGCAUCCUCGCCUCCGAUAACGACCUCUGGGCCUUCUUCCUCCGCCUCGGCCCCGAGCCCUGGGACCUCGUCGUAUUCGCCGAAACGCACCUCGCUUCCAGCCCCGCCUCGGACCCCAGAUUGUAUUACAAUAACCGGCCGCAGCUCUCGUUCAAGCAGAUUUACGGCCUCAGAGCGGUGGUUCCGGGUUCUGUCAUAGUGGAUGGUGGAUCCGGGUAUUGCAAGUAUGGCUGGAGCAAGUAUGCUGCUCCUUCUGGGCGUUGCGCCACAUUGAUGGAAUUUGGUAACAUCGAAUCACCUAUGUAUGCAAGGCUUCGUCUCUUCUUCUCUACAGUAUAUACCAGGAUGCAAGUAAAGCCUUCCACUCAACCAAUUAUUGUUGUCCUUCCACUCUGCCACUCUGAUGAUACUGAGCCUGCUAGGGCCUCAAGAAAGCAAUACAAGGAGACGCUGUACUCUGUCUUGUUUGAUAUGAAUGUUCCUGCUGUUUGCGCUGUUAAUCAAGCAGUUCUAGCUUUAUAUGCUUCUAAACGGACCUCGGGUAUCAUUGUCCACAUUGGAUUCAAUGUCACUUCGGUUGUUCCCAUUUUUCAAGGUAGGGUAAUGCAUGAGAUAGGUGUUGAAACUGUAGGGCAAGGUGCCCUUAAACUUACUGGAUUUCUUAAGGAGCUAAUGCAGCGGAGAAAUAUAUCUUGUGAGUCACCGUACACUGUUCGAACCAUCAAGGAGAAACUUUGCUACGUAGCGGCUGAUUAUGAAGCUGAGCUACGUAAAGACACACAAGCUUCUUGUGAGGUUGAUGGUGAAGGGUGGUUCACUCUGUCGGAAGAAAGAUUCAAGACUGCAGAAAUCCUUUUUCAGCCCCAUAUCGGAGGAAUGCGUGCUAUGGGCUUGCACAAAGCAGUAUCUCUAUGUAUGGAUCACUGCUACAAUUCAGAAGUGGUCGGUGAUGACAGCUGGUACAAAACGGUCGUUUUAGCCGGUGGAUCAUCAUGCUUACCUGGUUUGCCAGAGAGGCUGGAGAAAGAGCUGCACCAAUUUCUUCCGCCAUACAUUUCAGAAGGAAUAAGAGUACUUCCUCCUGCAUUUGGCACCGAUUCUGCCUGGUUUGGUGCAAAGACAAUUAGCAAUGUGAGUACUUUCAACGAGACAUGGUGCGUGAAGAAGAAGCAGUUCCGCCAGAAGAUACGUCGGAAUGGUCCAUCGUUUGUGAAUUCUUGGUAAUAAGAACCUCAGUAACGAAGUUACAAUUGCACGGUAACGGAGUCCAUGAGCAAGAAAAAGAAGACAUGGGUUUUCCAUGUAGCUGUUCCCUAAAUAGGCUAUACAACAUCCAGGCCACUAGUAUAGAAAAAACCAAUAUUUUUAAGUCCAUAUCAUGUACAUAUGUACUAUGAGCAAAUGCAUCCUUGAUCAUUGUUGUUAUUGAAAGUGUAUCUAGGUUUCUACGUGAGUUUUGUAUAAUUGAUGGUGAGUUUUGUAUAAUUGAUGAUAAAUGAUUAAGAAAUUAAUAAGUUUGUUAAAGUUAUGAAUA